AUGGCAACAAAUAUAAAUUGCAAGAAGAAGUGGCAUCCAAGUAGAUACGAAACACAGAUAAGAGUGAAAGAAGCCGAACAGGCCAUAGAAAAAAACAAAACCCAGGAAAAUACAAGAAAAGAACUUGGAAGAAGAGAAACCCUUGAGUUUGAAGUUCAAAAGGAAAAAGCCGAGAGAAUGCAGUGGAUGCUUUAA